AUGGGGUUUGACGAUACAACCUUCCUCUACGUUGCCUCCGGUAAAAUAUACAAUGCUGCAAAAUACAUGGGUCCCCUUCGCCAGAUGUUCCCUCUUUUACAAACCAAGGACACUCUUGCAUUGUCUGAAGAGCUUGCUGAGUUUGAGAUAGAGUCGAUUCAAGCACCACAUGCUGGAAUACUACACCAUAGUGACAUAAGGGGCAUCGCAUUCAGUAAACAUAAUGAUUCCAUAUACACCUUCCCAGUGCCUGAUUGCAUGUGCCAACAAGAUGGAAUAUGA